AUGGAGCAGGAGCAGGAAGAAAUAAAACCCAAUCACACGUACGGCUCCCAUGAUGCUGAGGGGCCCGGGCAGGAGCAGCGCGGACCGCAGAAGGCAACACUGGGCGCGCAGAGAAGACAACUCAGAGCCACGUCUCCAUCAGCCGCGUGCACGUGCGGAGUGUUGCAGAAAGACGUGUUUGUGAGUGUUGGUGGAGGUAGGGGCUCCACACAGGACCAGCUCGAAUCAGCUCCAUCUGCAGUUGGUGUAAACAUCCACCGAAGCCUCUGA